UGUUUAUUGAUAGAGGGUUAUUUUUUUCAUAAAAUUUACAGUAUUGUGAAUAAAAACUGAGACAUUAACCGCAUCAUCAAUAUACAAUCUUAGGAAUUUUUUAAUUAAAUUUUUGUGCAAAUGAUAUUGGAAGGUCUGUUAACAUCUAUUAUUCAUACGAUAAUCUGUCGGUAGAAAUAAAUACUCACUUGUGUGUAGGAGUAAAUAUUAUAAAAAUUACAUUAGCUUCUACAUUUUAGCAAGUUAAAUUAUAAAUUAUCUGAAUAAGAAAUGGGAGAUUCCGAACUAGAAACUCUACGAGCUCAAAGAAUGGCUCAAAUGGAAUCUGAACUAGGACCACAAAGUGGAAAUGCUGCAGAAAAACAAAAACAAGCUGAACAACAACGUCAAGCAGUUGAAGAUAUGAAACAUUCAAUUCUUACACAAGUGCUAAAUCAAGCUGCUCGAGCAAGACUAAACACACUAAUGAUUGGUAAACCAGAAAAAGGGAGAAUGGUAGAAAAUAUGUUACUAAGAAUGGCACAAUCAGGGCAAAUUGUUAACAAAUUAGGAGAAGAUGAACUAAUAGGGUUAUUAGAACAAGUUAAUAAUCAAAUGCAAUCUCAAGAACGUAAAACCACUGUUAAAUUUGAUAGAAGAAGAGCUGCUCUUGAUGACUCCGAUGAAGAUUAUUAAAAAGCUAAGACUUAAUUUAUUAAUUUUAUAUAAUUCAUUUAACAAGAGAUUUUGGAAUUUUAACCCAAUAUUUUCUUAUUCUUAACAAAUCAAUAGUAUAUCAUACAAAUAAUCAACCAUACUUAUGUUACUAAUAAAAUAUUUAUAACCUGUCCUUAUAUAAAAAAGUAAUUAUAGUCUAAAUAUAUUACUAGUUGAUACAAUGUUGUAAUUGUAUCAAUUAAAGAAUUUAAAUAUUAUGUAUUAAUAAAAUAUUUUCUUAAAAAAAUAUAUAUCCUAUGUAUACAGGGUAA